AUGGAUCGAGGAGAUGGCCUGAGCUGGGGUGGCACACAGCGCACGGGGAACAGGUACGCAACCCUAGCAACUCCUGGUAGCGAAGGUAGGAGGGCGGAGGUGCGUGGGGGAAGCUCGGCGGAAGCCGAGCGAACAGCAAAGGCGCAAAUGCAGUCCAAGAUCAAACGCAGAAACACACAAGGGAUCACCUACUUCGGCCUCGUAUGGAAGAAAAACAAGAGCGACACGAAUGCUAUCAACGCGGACGAUGUUAUCUUUGGAAGCAAGGAUGGUGUUGGUUCGUCCAUGAAACCAAUCUGCUGUCUCUGUCGCAAGCGAUAUUCCCCAGACUUGAUGUACAUCCGGUGUGAGAGGUGCAGAAAUUGGUUCCAUGGAGAUGCCUUGAGACUUGAGGAGGCAAAGAUUGCUGAAGUCAUAUCCUACAGAUGCUGCAGAUGUCGGAGGAGGGCAAUACCGGGAUGUCCUCAUUCAGAUGAUUAUUAUUAUAAGAGGCCUGAACCAGAACCUGUCAUCCAAGAAAGUGCAGCUAAUAUUCCCUCAAGUGAGGAAGCUAUUGGCGCAGCAGAUGAAAAUACAUCAAGUGCUUCAUUUGGUAUAUUCGAACAAACUGUAGAAGAUAUUCAUGCUGAUUCCUCAGUGCACAUGGAAACCUUUGUGCUGGGAAGUAAUCAAGAGAUGAACUUUGUGGAUGGUUCUUACAAUUCCGCCCAUCCAUUCGAUAAGGUAGAAAUUAAGCAGGCUAUGAAGGACGCUCGGCCAUAUGAUGCAUGCUUUGCAUGGUAUGCUCCUGGUAGUGGUACAUGCCAGCAAUUGGACCCUAUGGAUCCUGUGGAUGAUGCCCCCCUGCCAGUUCCCACAGUGGAGACCAACUUUGAGAAAGACCAAACUGCCGCACUUCACAGAGCUUAUGGUGGUUUUCGGGUUGUUGCUGCGGAGACUGGCUCAUUAUAUGAGCGGAUUAGACAGGGGGAUUAUCUCACUAAUGAUGAGAUCAUGGGGACCUUGGACAAGCUUCAGAAAAUUGCUCUACACCAAAUGAAGGAUAUUGCCAGCCAUGGCGUAGUCUACUCCGAGGUCCCGACACAACCAAUGCACAACGCAAGCACCUCCACCACCCGGCCAUCUGAUCACCAGAGUAGCCUCUAA